AUGUCGAGCUCCAUCCCGUGCAGCGAGAAGGCCUACCCCCUGCGCGGCAAGCCCCCGUCCCCACCCCGCAUGGACCUGCGCUGCUCCGCCUUCUCCGCCCCCGGCGCGCAGGGGGGCCCCAGGGAGGAGGCCGGCACGGGUCCUGUCCCCAGCGCCCGCCACCUGCAUUCCCUGGACUCCAGCACCGAUCUGAUCCAGGACCACCACUUGGUGCUGGACCCGGCCACCCCGGCCACGGCCAAACACCACGCGGCAGAGGCGGAGCUGACCACGGGAGCGGGGGCGCGCGUGCUCAAGCGUCACAUGGACGCCGUGCUCAAGGUGUUUGCCACGCACAGCUACCCCAACCAUGAGCUGCCCUGGCAGCGCAAGCAGCAGACGCACAGCAAGAGCACCGGCUUCGCGGUGGCGUUUCCCGGCGGCCAGCGCUGGAUCCUGACCAACGCGCACAGCGUGUCGUAUGCCACGCAGGUCCAGCUCAAGCGGCGCGGCGACGACGAGAAGCACGCCGCGCGCGUGCUGGCCGUCGGCACGGGGUGCGAUGUGGCGCUGCUCACCGUGGACGACGAGGCCUUCUGGCGCGACCUGCACCCCGUGGAGCUGUCGGCCGACACGCCCGCGCUGCAGGCCGCGGUGGCGGUGCUGGGCUACCCCAUUGGCGGCGAUUCGCUGGCCAUCAGCGCGGGGGUGGUGUCCAGGGUGCAGAUGACGCACUACAGCCAUGGCUGCAUGAGCCUGCUGGCGGUGCAGACCGACGCCGCCAUCAACAGCGGGAACAGCGGCGGGCCGGUGAUGAGCGCGCAGGGGGGGGAAGUCUUUGGCACUGGAGGGGAGACCUGGGAGGGACUGGAAUGGGGAUGGCGGGGCCAUGCUCGGGCAGUGAUGCGCUGCAAUUGCCCCAGAGCGACACGGGUCCAGGUCCCCCACACCAACAUCGGCUACGUCAUCCCCACCUCGGUCGUCCGCCACUUUCUGCACGACUACAUGAGGACGGGCACCUACACCGGCUUCCCCUCGCUGAACGUGGUCUGGCAGGAGCUGGAAAGCAGGACCCUGAGGCUCGCCUGCGGCAUGGGGCCCCAGCACAAAGGCGUGCUGGUGCGCUCUGUCAGCGCGGCCGCCCACGAGGCCGAGGUCCUGCGUCAGGAUGACGUCAUCAUGGCCAUCAAUGGCGUCGAGGUGGGCAACGACGGCACGGUCCCCUUCCGGCACGGCGAGCGCGUGGACCUCAAGUACGCGGUGACCUCGCGCUUCGUGGGCGACACCGUCACGCUAAGCCUGCUGCGCGCGCGCGCGGAGCUGGCCGUCGCCGUGCGCCUGUCGCCCUACCAGUACCUGGUGCCGCCGCACAUGGACGAGGGGCGCCCGCCCUACCUCCUGGUGGGCGGCCUGGUGUUCACCGCCCUCUCGGACCCCUUCCUCGCCCAGCGCUACGGCUCUGUCGCCGCCGCGCCCGUGCGCCUGCUGCACCGCAGCUUCCUGGGCGUCCGCGCGCGGGCGGGGGAGCAGACCGUUGUCCUCAGCACCGUGCUCGCCUGCCCCGCCACACUGGGGUACGAAGGCGCGGGCGGCUUGCGCGACUCCCCGCUCGUGGCCUUCAACGGCACGCCCGUCGACUGCCUGGCCCAGCUGGCGAGCCUGGUGGCCGCCUGCAACGAGCCCAGCAUGCGCUUCGACAUGGAAGCCGGCGGGAAGAUGAUCAUCCUGGACAGUGCGGUGGCGCGCGCCUGCACCGCCGGGGUGAUGGAGGACCACGGCAUCUCUGCCACCAUGAGCCCCGACAUCGCGGCAGCGGUGGAGCGCGCCCAGCGUGCCCAGCAUGACGCGUUUGAUGGUGGGGAGCAGCGCCCCUGCAGGAGCGGCGUGGCGGCAGAGCACUGCGCUGGGCCGGCCCCCAUCCUUGUGCCUGCAGCGGGGGAGCCCGGCGAGGGGACCGACGGAAAGCCCCCCGCCGCCUCAGGUUGA